UGGCCUCAUACUUCAUCGAUCCCACAUCCACAUGCCACCGCUUCCCCCUCCCCUUGUCUCUCGCUCUCCUCCGACGGCGCCGCUUCCCGACGUCCGGCGGCGAUCAGCCGGCUGCGGGUGUGCCCUUUGGGCGGACGAUCUGGGUCCCACGGGCGUAGUCUCCGCGGCAUCGGUGACGGCGACGGCGGCCGGCCGGCGGGAAACUUUUAGCUCCGGCCAGAUUGGCGGCGCCCUCGCCGCCGGCUUCCGUGGAGAGCAGGUCGCUAGGCAGAGUAGGUGUUGGUCAUAUGGUGUACAUCUCUUGUUUGACAAACCUGCUCCUUGAGUUCAGCGAACAUGUAACUUGUUUGAAGCUGCACAUUCCAUAUAUAUUAUUUGAAGUUGCUAUAAUGCAUUUGUAACAUAACUUGAAUUGUUCUCUUAGCUACAUAAAUAGCACAGAGAAUAGAUAAGUGCUUCAGAGAAUAAGGGUUCCAACAGAUGAUGUAAUAAAGAUGGGGCCAAGCAGUUUUCAGAAACUUUUUAGGAGUGUAUCAUGGGUAAGAUUUAAAGAUUUUCUUCAACCCCAGGUACUUUGCUGACCUGGGCAACCCCAGGUACUUCAGCUUGGAUAACAAGCACGCCCGUACCGAGUUGCUAUUGACAGUGACUGGGUGACACCAACAUUGAUCUCACUGUUGAUGACAAUUAAUCUUCAGGCUUGAAAUUACUGAGUUUAUUAUGAAGUGAAAAUUAUGGCUUUUGCUUGAAUUCGAGGUUCUUUUGUCUAGGGUGAGCCAAGUGGACUGCUGAUGACGCCAUGCACAUAAGGAGGCAAUGCAGUAGUAAUCCGCUAUGGCUUGCAACAAUUUAUUUCAGUGAGUUUGCUGCACAUAGCUGAGUGGAACUCACUCCAGCACCAGGUGGUCUCCGCCUUCCUCGCUGCGGUUUACAGCGAAAACAUGCUGACCUCGGGGAAGAUGAUGGUGAGCUGCAGCAGACAGAGAGCUUCUUUCUGGCCAACCUGUGCAAAUUUGCCAAUUCCCAGAAUGAAUCAAUCAUGAUGCCAUAAUGCAUGCUAACAAUGAACAGAAGCUGCACGUCUGCACCUCGAAGCAGAAGCUUCACAAGUGGCAUAAAGGGCAGCUGAAGCUAUAUGUUUAUGCCAAUCACGGUUCACGGAUACUCAGAAUGUCAGAAGUUGCCUCAGUUUCUCUGUUAUUACAUCUAACAUGGACUGAAUCACUGGACAUUUGGGGCAGGAAAUUUGUGUCCACACUCCAGUUUGGUCAAUACUUCUCAGCCAUCAGAAACUUCAAAUAGCAUGGGCCUAAGUCUUCACAGCUGUGUGCUCAAAAUGACAAAGCACUGUUCUCUGAUGAACUUUUGGCUAGGAUUCAUGGAACCUGAGAGUAGGGAUGCAAGCGGGCCAAUCCAUGAGCCCGCUUAGAGCAUCUCCAAUAGAUGACUAAAAUUAAACUCCCAAAAAUCCUGUAUUGGGGACAGCCAAAAACAUAUUUAGCCUAAAAUACACCCUCUUCUCCAAUAGAUGACUAAAAUUUGGUUCCCAAAAAUUUAAAAUUUUUCCACAUCAUCAUUAGUGGGCCCUUCCCAACUAAUUUUCUACCUGCUCGUUAAAAUCACAGGCGAGAGCGGAGGGGGAGAUCGCGUCGCGCGUGAGAGGCGAGGAGGAGAUCGCGGCGUGCGGAUGCGGAGGGGAAUGGGCAUGGUCGACGCGACGCACGCGGACGGAAGGAGAUGGCUGCUCAUCCUAGUCGCGCGCGAGAUCGCAACUGAUACCGUUGGCGAGGUUAUAUAUCAGACGCAGCGAUAUACGAAAUUGAUCGAAGGACACAGUGCUAUAGACGCACAUAGAGCUCUUCCUCUGUCAGCGCCGGCGGCGUUAGCACUUCACUCAAUCAGAGCUCUUCCUCUGUCAGGGCCGGCGACGUUAGCACCUCACUUAAUCAGGCAACUGCAGCAAGCAGCAACGAUUGGUGACAGGCACAAGCUCUUGUGCAGUGCUUGAUUUGAUCCAAGAUGAGUCGACCUCGCUCCUCGUUUCAACAGCUCGUGGAUGAAUCAUCGUCUGACGAUGACGAUGAUUUUUUUUUUUGCCACGGCACAAAUCGUCCAUAGCUAUUGGCACUCUGUCAAUGCACCAAGACAUGGUGGGUCAGUCAUGGGACAUGAAGUGAUUGAUCGCAACAGAGAAGCACGGCACUUGAGAUUAUACCAAGACUACUUUUCCAAUAAUCCUACCUAUGGCCCAGUUUUAUUCAGGCGCAGGAAUAGAAUGAGCAGGCCUCUGUUUCUCCGCAUAAUGAAUGCAAUAGAGGAUCACGAUGACUAUUUUGUGCAGAAGAGAAAUGCAGCUGGUUUAAUUGGGUUCAGUUGUCACCAAAAGGUCACUGCAGCAAUGCGUCAGUUGGCUUAUGGUAUAGCAGCAGAUGCUUUGGAUGAAUAUCUCGGUAUUGCAGAAAGUACCGCUAUAGAGAGCCUGAGAAGGUUUGUGAAAGCAGUUGUACAAGUUUUUGAACAUGAAUACUUAAGAUCACCCAAUGAGAACGAUACAACUCGAUUACUUGAACUUGGGGAGGACAGAGGUUUCCCCGGUAUGUUAGGCUCCAUAGAUUGCAUGCAUUGGAAGUGGAAGAACUGCCCUACAGAAUUGCACGGUAUGUACCAAGGGCACGUGCACGAGCCUACAAUAAUUUUAGAAGCCGUUGCUUCAAAGGAUCUCUGGAUUUGGCACGCUUUUUUUGGUAUGCCUGGGUCUCAUAACGAUAUCAAUGUACUUCAUCGAUCCCCGCUAUUUGCAAAGCUAGCUGAAGGCAAGGCUCCUGAAGUGAACUAUAGUAUAAAUGGACACGAUUAUAUGAUGGGAUAUUAUCUUGCUGAUGGCAUAUAUCCUUCUUGGGCCACAUUUGUGAAGACCAUACCAGAACCACAUGGCAACAAGAGGAAAUAUUUUGCCAAAGCACAGGAAGCAGUAAGGAAGGAUGUCGAACGAGCUUUUGGGGUUCUGCAAGCUCGAUUUGCCAUUGUUCGAGGGCCAGCUCGACAUUGGGAUGAAAAGACUCUGGGAUACAUCAUGAAAGCUUGUGUUAUCAUGCAUAACAUGAUUAUUGAAGAUGAGGGAGAAGUUGAUUGGGAAGAACGGUUCCCAGAGGGAGGAGAAAAUGUCAGAGUGUCCCACGAUGAAAUACCUGAUCUUGAUGAUUUUAUCCAGAUGCACAAAAAAAUAAGGGACGACGAAACUCACUAUCAGCUACGUGAAGACCUAGUGGAGCACUUGUGGCAACAUUAUCCUGAUAAAUAUUGAGGUUUUAUUUAUAUGUUUGAAUUCCAUGUAAUAAAUAGUAUACAUAUGUGAGGAUUUGCAAAAUCAUUUUAAUUUGUUCUUCAUGUAUUGAAUAAAUGGUGUACUGUUCGGUUUAAGAAUAGUACAGGAGAAUUAAUAAAAGUGCACUUCCUUU